ACAAACACAAACUUAUAAUAGGUUAUUAAUAACGAAAAUAAACUAAUAUUGUCAUAUCAAUAAGUUAUUUUAUAUUAUCAUUUUUUAUUUAGAUAACAUGAUAAAAUUUUAUCAAAUUCUAAGGAAUCACUAAUUUAUGUAAUAUUAAUAAAUAUAUGAGUAAUUUAAUCAAUUUUUUAAAAAAGUACUAUAAGAUAUUUUGUUAUCGGAUCAAUAGUAUCAGAUCGCGGGUUAAUAGUGAGUUUUUAGGUUUUUACCGGGUUAUAUCGGAUUUUUAAUUAACAAAUUUUUCAUUAAAUCCGAACAGGAUUAUAUACAAUGUAUCGGGUCUAUAGGUUCAAACAUGAAUCUAGGUCAGAUAUGAAAACAAAUUUUAAAACUCAAACAUUAUUAUAGAACAGCUACCAUAUUUCGAACAAAUACCAUAUUUUGAAGAGAAAAAAAACAAAUGAUAAAAACCUAAAAACUCAAUUGUUAUGGUUCGAAAUGAAAAAUAAUGGUAAUUUGUAAAUCAAUUUUCGAUUAAUAAAUGAAAAACAAACAAACCCGCGCUUGCGCGGGUCAAAAUCUAGUUUGCCAUUAAAAUGUGUAGAUGCCUUAGAGUGAAAAUUUUGCAAACCAUUUGUUUAAAAUCGCACACAGACAUGAAUCCAACACAACAUGGGAUUUUGGGUAGAUUGUGGGCUUUUGGUUAGCUCAUGCUGGGUAAUUAAGCUAAAGCCUUGAUCGAUACUGGAGGAUAUGAUCCUCUGAAUCUUAUAAAACAAAAGACGUGAAACGUUUUCUACCAAGUGUAGAUUUUUCAUCAAAUCGUUGCAAUAAAUUUGAGUUUUGCUUCUUGCGGUCAAAGUGGAGAGGAAAAGAAAGAAAAGGGGGUGUGCAUCAAAUUUUGUGAUGAUCAAUCAACACUGUGCUAUUCAUCAAUUCCCAAGAAAAAGGUAAAAAAAAACCGGGAACAGAAAUCUAAAAGGUUUAGUUUACAAUCAAUUCGCUGAUAUACUAUGUGAUUCAUCUGUAUCUUUAUUCUCAUUUAUUCAGUGCAUACCGUGUGUGUGUGUAUAUAUAUACGUACAUAAUGCAUGAAGGAUGUAUCUAAAGAGUCGUGAGCAAAUCCAACCAUCGAAGAAAGAAAGAAAGUGAAGAUAUGUCGGCAUCUGACAAGAAGAAGUCGUCGGUUCCGUCGUCCCAUGUUACCCUCAAAGUUAAAAGUCAGGAUGAUGUAGAUGUGUACUUCCGGAUUAAGAGGGACGUUGAGCUCCGUAAGAUGAUGGAAGCCUUUUCCCACAAAGUUGGAAAACAAAUGUCUGCCUUCGUCUUUCUUUUCGAUGGAAUUCGUAUUAAACCCAAUCAAACUCCCAAAGAGCUUGACCUUGAAGAAGGAGAUGAAAUUGACGCACUUGUCCACCAGACAGGUGGAGGGCUCAGCUUUUGUGCGCUAUCAGAACUAUCUUAG